AUGGAUUCCAGAGCUAUUUCCACUGCCUUUCUUGUGAAUUUCCUCCUCUUAUCCGCCGCAUCGGCUUUCAAUGUCACUAAGCUCCUUGGCCAGUUCCCUGAUUUCACCAAUUUCAACGAUUUACUCACACAAACCAAACUCGCCGAUGAAAUUAACAGCCGCUUGACUCUCACCGUCCUUGCUCUCAACAAUGGUGCCGUUUCUAGCCUCUCCGGCAAGCCAUUGGACAUCGUGAAGCGGAUCUUGAGCGUUCACGUUCUUCUUGACUACUACGAUACUAAGAAAAUUGCAACAUUGGCGAGCGAUGGUACUUCCGUUCUCACCACUCUGUUUCAGACCACUGGCAUCGCCAUGAAUCAGCAAGGUUUUCUCAAGGUUACGCUGACUAAUGAAGGCGAGGUUGCGUUCGGUUCCGCUGUGAAAGGAGCACAGGCCGAGUCGAAAUUGGUGAGAUCUGUUGCUUCUCAGCCGUACAACAUCUCUGUUCUUCAGAUUACUUCUCCGAUUCAGGUUCCUGGAAUCGAUUCCAAGCCAGGCCACUCCACUCCACUAGCACCACCACCGAAGGCGUCUGCUCCGGUCCAAUCUCCUAAAAAGGCACCGGCUCCGGCUGCCAAGUCUCCUAAAAAGGCACCGGCUCCGGCUGCCAAGUCUCCUAAAAAGGCUGAUGCUCCGGCCGCCAAGUCUCCUAAAAAGGCACCGGCUCCGGCUGCCAAGUCUCCAUCAAAGGCUGAUGCUCCGGCCGCCAAGUCUCCAUCAAAGGCUGAUGCUCCGGCCGCCAAGUCUCCAUCAAAGGCACCAGCUCCUUCCGCCAAGUCUCCAUCAAAGGCUGAUGCUCCGGGCGCCAGGUCUCCAUCAAGUGCUGAUGCUCCGGGCGCCAGGUCUCCAUCAAGUGCUCAUGCUCCGGGCGCCAGGUCUCCAUCAAGUGCUCAUGCUCCGGGCGCUAGGUCUCCAUCAAGUGCUCAUGCUCCGGGCGCUAGGUCUCCAUCAAGUGCUCGAGCUCCAGGCGCUAGGUCUCCAUCAAGUGCUCGAUCUCCAGGCGCUAGGUCUCCAUCAAGUGCUCAUGCUCCGGGCGUGUCUCCAAAGGCCGCUGCCGAUUCACCAGAGAGUCCUUCGCCAAAUCCCGCUGCCGAUUCACCGGCGAGCUCUCCGCCAAAGCCCGCUGCCGAUUCUCCGGAUGCGACCGAUGACGACGAUUCUGAUGCGGCUGCACCAGGACCUAGCGAUGAUUCUGGCGCCUCAAGCGGUAGGUUCAUCGGAGCUGCGACAGUUCUGGCGGUGAUCUCGUCGUUUCUGGCUCUCUGAGCGCUCAACAAAGCCAGUGCGGUCACACUUUGAAGGUUGAGUUGAAGGUUCCUCAAUAAUUCAUUUGUAAUAGUUUAAU